UAAUGGAGCUCUCGAAGUAGCAGUCCUUAUCUCUCUCUCUCUCUCUCUCUCUAACCUCGAGCUUUGCUCCAAUGGCCAUGGCGACCCUCAAAGCUCCCUCCUUUCAAGCCUCGCUUCAGCCAUUUCAUUCCCCUAUCUCCUCCAAUUAUCCCAAACCGUUGUCCGUUUCGUUUAGGCAAAGAAACCUCGCCAAAUCCAAAUUCUCUACCGCUCUCACCGCCUCCCUGCGCUUCUCUUCGCUGCGGUUCGUGCCUUUCGCCUCCUCUGGAGAAACGGAAACAACUCAGACCGAAGAAGAAGUUCUGGAAGCUCAUGUUGAGGACUCUUUGGAUGGUGCUGUCGGUGUAGAAGAUGCCACAAGUGACGCGGAAAGUGAUACAAGUGAUGAUGUAGAAGUUGAGACUGAGGAAAAGCCUGUUUCAGCCAUUGUAGCAUCGCUGCAGUCAUAUAGAGAAGCUCUAGCAAGUAACGACGAAUCUAAAAUAGCCGAAAUAGAAUCUUUCCUAAUAUCACUUGACGAUGAGAAAUUAGGUCUUGAAAAGAAGCUGGCUUCUUUGUCUGAAGAGAUGUCUACAGAGAGGGAUCGAGUUCUGAGAAUAAGUGCGGACUUUGAUAAUUUCAGAAAGAGGACAGAACGGGAACGCGCUUCAUUGGUAUCAAAUGCUCAAGGAGAGGUUGUUGAGACUUUGUUAGGUGUUUUGGAUAAUUUUGAGAGAGCUAAAACACAGAUUAAGGUGGAGACUGAGGGAGAGGAGAAGAUCAAUAAUAGCUAUCAAAGCAUAUACAAACAGUUCAUGGAGAUUCUAUCUUCACUUGGUGUUGUUCCCGUGGAGACAGUUGGGAACCCUUUUGAUCCAUUGCUGCACGAAGCAAUUAUGCGGGAAGACUCUGACGAAUUUGAAGAAGGGAUCAUACUUCAAGAAUUCCGCAAGGGGUUUAAGCUUGGCGACAGGCUGUUGCGUCCCGCAAUGGUGAAGGUAUCAGCUGGUCCAGGCCCUGCGAAGCCGGAGCAAGUAGAAGGACAAGAUGUUAGUGAUACCAAUACCGCCAAGGAGGACAGUUCAGAAGCAGACUCAGCUUAAAGGUAAAACAUAAGGAAAAAAAAAAUGUAGAUCAAGUUUUGCAAUAGUUGGGGUUCAAAUUAUUUGGGCUGUUUGUUUAAUAGAGUUGACUUUUUUUUUUGCUUCCCUUCACUAGGUUGUGAUUGUUGUCAUUGGAACAUUUCUAUUUAAUAUUAUUUUCAUUGAGAAAUGGAUACAAUUUUGAGGCA